AUGACUAACAGAUCUGUCGAUGACUACGAUUGUGAUAUCGAUUUGGAUGAAAUAAGUGAUCUUAAGACAAAUGAUGAGAAAGUGCAAACUUUGAAAGAAAAGCUGAAGUCCUGUCCAGCUAAACAGGAGCAAAUCGAUGAAUUUAUACAAAACCUUUUACGAAGAUUGAAAUAUGACACUUCAGACCAAUUUCUUUUAUCUCUAGAAGGAUUCAAUAUGACCCAAAGGAUUACUUCAUGUACUGUUUCCGAAGUACCUGAACGUUUAUGCACUUCUUCCAUGGACGCACUACGAAUCUCACCGUUUACUGAUACGCUUUCCAACAAAACUGGCGAUGUAUGCAGAAUAGAGCACACUCAGUUCGGUGAAGUUUAUAUUUGUAGAGUGUGUAAUGUGAAAUGCACCGGUAAGGCGCCAUUUUCCCAGCAUAUAUCUGGAUCACAUCAUAGAAAAAACUGCAAUGCCAAUACCUAUUUCUGUAACGAGUGCAAUACAAGCCUUAAUUCUUCUGAACAAUAUACCCUACAUUGCAGUGGAUCAAAGCAUAUGCGAAAUAUAAUUUCUUCUUCUGACAAUUCUAUGUCUGAACAGUUUGGAGUUGAGCAACAAUUCAAUAAAAGCAAUAAUGUUCCUUACUUCUGUAUACCUUGUGGUCUUAGUUGCUCUUCCAAAGAGCAAUUGGAUUCUCAUUUCUUAGGUAAAAAACAUAAGAAGCAAUGUAAAAAAUAUAAGCCAUCUGUAUCAGGUCAGCUGUCGGGGUACGUUUUGAAUGAACAGUCAAAUCAACCGAUUGGUCAACCUGACUUUUUCUCUUCAAUGCCUACUUUAUUCAAUACAGCUAGUGAGAAUUCGCCAAACUUUUGGUUUCCAAAGUUGGUUCCUUGUAUAAGAAAUAUCAUAGAGCUGGAGUCCAAAUUGACAUUAACAAAUAACUUUUCUCCGUUUUUGGCUUCAGUCACUCCCUGUUCAUAUCAAGAACGAACAGAUUCAAAGAGUGAUCUUUCACCCAAUCAGCAGGAUAGUGGCGACUCUUCUGAGCCCAAACAGUUUUGUAGACACGGUGAAUGUAUUCUGAUGAGGUCAUUACAGAAAUCCGUCAGCUGGGUUCAGCCAAUUAACAGUUGACAAAGCAAAAACUUAUAUUGGACAGUGGCCAAUUUAAUAAUGUCAUGAUCUUAACGCUGACCGUCUUUAAUAAAUUAAUUAAUGAAAUUAUCACUAAGUAGAGAGAUUUAGCUUCAAGAAAUACUAAUUCUUACGAUUAUGUUACACAAUAUCUUAUCCUAAAAGGCUGCUAAAAAAACACCCAAUCACCUAUGAACUAACAUUUUUCAUCAUAUAUUUCAAUAUAUUAUUGAUACAUCACACUACAUACAACCCAUUUCAUUACUGUCAAGAUUGAUGUCUUCGUAUAUUUUCAUUUUCACAUAGUUGUUGCAGAUAUUUUUUUCACAUUUCAUAAAUGUAAACAAAUCUGGAAGAUUAGAACAAACUAAAACGAUACUUAUAAACUAUGAUUGAAAUUAACCAUGA